AUGAACUCAGUGGCGUCAAAGAUUGCGCACUUUGCUGCAGCGGGGGUCGGGGUCAAGGAAGAAUUACACGACAACGCAUCAAGCUUGUCAGACCUUGCACUAUGUGAGACACCAGAGAAGGAGACUUCGCUACCGCUACUCUUGUCAAAGGAGGGUGAGGUCGACUCAGAGUCAUCUGGCACCAAAUCAAAAUCGGUGCUGUGUGAUGAAAUGGCGGUAAAACUGGAGGCAGCUGACGGGGACUAUUGUUCAUCUGGUGAAGAAGCUGACUUGAUGGAUUGCUGGAAGUCCCACAACAUGGCCGUUCUGCUGACUCCCGCAGAAUGGACGGCUAUUUUAUCAGGUUGCUCAACUGGUCUCCUCCGAGGCUUCUGCCCUAGAAAAGAAGAACUCAUGGCUAUUCUUCCAGAUGCAUCAAAUGGUGCUGUGGGUGUGGGCUUGUUGCUUUGCAAGGGGCAUGAGCGGCUGAACAACGACACUUUGACCACUGAUCCGGCUGUAGCAGCUGCUUGUGGGUCUCUGUACUCAACAUGGCAAAGCUUGGAGCAUCAACGCCAGAAGGGCCGGAAGAUAUCUUGGCUUUGGAAGAUCACGCAAAUUUAUGCCUUUGACACACCUGAGCCAAUUCCCAAAGCAGGUAUAUCCAAAAGAUGGUUCCACCGGCCUAUUGAGAUUCAGGGCUUUGGGGAGCCAACAAAGGCACUUCAUGCCGACUUGCAUGAGACGGCCGCAUUUUUGCUCGGGCGCGUGCAGCAGCCUGAUCAGGAUGCUAUUCUAAGGGUUGGUCAAGCUUUGCGAGGGAAAGAGAUCCGGGUUGGUACCACUUGCUCCGGCUGCGACAUUUGCAUUGAUGCUCUGCAAUGUGUAUUUGACGUGAUCUCUGGUGAGGUAGCCAAGCUGUUGCAGCCCAAGUUGGCGCUCUAUGAGAACGUCAAAGCCGCCGGUGAGAGGAGCCGGAACAAGGACGGCGACUGGGUUGAGGCAGCUGUCAAGGCCUGGACAAAUGUGGACACCUUCCGCUACCUUUUGCCACAGCGCCGGAACCGGAUCUGGGGCUUUGCAGCGGUCGCCAGCGCCAGAAAGCGGGAAGAGAUGGAAAGUACCUAUACAACGGUCUUGAAUGCAAUGGCCUCUCACUCAAAGAUUGCCAGCGGUGAGAUUUUUCUUCCUGCUCCACAGCAGUCCCUGCAAAAGGGCAGGCAUGAAGAAGUGCUAGCCAAUGCUCUAAAGGCUUGUGGAUCCCGUGGUCUCUUUGUGGACUGCAGCACUUCUGUGCGAAGGACUGUUGCCAUGAACUGUGGGGUACCUUGCGUCUUGCCGACGCAUCCCGUAUGGUCGGUUGAUCAUCAACGUUACCUUGGUGCAUCAGACUUUUUGCGCGCCCAGGGCAUAUUUCCAGGAUCCUUCAAAAAGGAGGUCUACGAGACCAUGCUGAACACCAACGGCUUAGCCCAAAGUAUAGCCGGAAACAGUUUCAGUUCGACAGUAUUUCAAGCAGCUGCUUUGGCAUCUAUGGCAGGGUUCAAAGGCUACUACAGAUGCUGCCUCUACAAGUGGAAGAAGCAGCGCGCUUCUCAAAUGUGGGACUUGAUUGCGCAGAGUUCACCUCGCGUAGCACAGCGGCGCAAAGAAGUGCCAAAUGGUGUCCGGCUGGCCAUGGGCAAAGCUCUCAAGUUUGGUACCAGAGCCAAGGCCAAUGACAGUGGCGCCACCACCAUUGUGCCGGCGGAGCUGCAAGAGCUUGUAGCAGAGACUGUGGUGACUUGGUUGAGCACUAUCACCACAAUAGCAGUUGUAAACGGUCUUCUUCUGACAGGGAACAUGAAUCUUUUCAAUUCUUCAGGAAACUCUGUCAUCUCCAAAACUAAGGCAGAGCGCAUUGAUCUUGGAGAAGAGUGCGAUUACUACUUUGUUUCUGAUGUGCUUGCCAGUGCCAUCGAUGUUUGGAAUUCCGGACUUGACAAGUUGAAGCAGAAGCUCGAUGAUCCAAAGGGACUUUGCCAACAGCUGGCACUGGAACAAGACGAGGACUCUGAUGGAGAACAAUGUGAGGAGGGCGAUGAAAAGAAAGAUGUUGACUGCUUUGAGCAGUCUGUGGAAAACCUGAAAGAGCGGCUUUCCUCUAGACUACGCCGGAUCGAACUCAAACGGAGCGAGGUGCGCCCGAUGUUGUGCGCCAACUACGACCAGGUGUGGAGCACCCAGUACAGACCAUCCAAAGCAACCUUGCAAUGCAAAGGCCACAGCGACCGUUUAGCGCGCCAGUGGAGCUUGAGAUCACUACGCCACAAAAUUGAACUGGCAUUGGACGUGGACGUGACUGAAAACCUGCAGGAGCACCGCUACAGGCACAGGGACACGCCGACUGUCACGGGCGGCAAGGCUUGCGCGGUUGUCGAUGGCUGGAGAAUUCCCCGAACGCUCACGACGUUGAGCUGGGUGGACGGGACAAUGUCAAGAGGGUAUGUGACGCUUCGAGCUGGUAGUCUUUCAGAGGAAGACAG